GGAAGUGCGAGGUUCAGCGGGCGCCGGCGCCCGGAAGGUCAACUUGUGAAGGAGGUGGUGGUAACGCGGGUCUCCCCACUAUUACAGAGGAAAAACGGCCGAGCACGCGAUCUCGGCCUGAGACGGCGGGGAGAAGUAGACGGGCAGUUUGCUGCGACACCAUGGAGGGCGGCGGCGGAAGCGGCAACAAAACCACAGGGGGGUUGGCCGGCUUUUUCGGAGCCGGUGGAGCAGGCUACUCGCACGCGGAUUUGGCCGGAGUCCCGCUAACUGGUAUGAACCCUCUGUCUCCUUAUUUAAAUGUGGAUCCACGGUAUCUCGUGCAGGAUACAGAUGAGUUUAUUUUACCAACUGGAGCUAAUAAAACCCGGGGCAGAUUUGAACUGGCCUUCUUUACCAUUGGAGGAUGUUGUAUGACAGGGGCUGCGUUUGGGGCAAUGAAUGGUCUACGGCUAGGACUGAAGGAAACCCAGAACAUGGCCUGGUCCAAACCAAGAAAUGUACAGAUCUUGAAUAUGGUGACCAGGCAAGGGGCACUUUGGGCUAAUACUCUAGGUUCUCUGGCUUUGCUCUAUAGUGCAUUUGGUGUCAUCAUUGAAAAAACACGAGGUGCAGAAGAUGACCUCAACACAGUAGCAGCUGGAACCAUGACAGGCAUGUUGUAUAAAUGUACAGCCCCUGGCAACCACCAUUCUACUUUCUAUCUCUCUGAAUUUGACUACUUUAGGUACCUCACGUGGUCUUCGAGGGGUGGCACGAGGCGGCCUGGCAGGACUAACCCUUACGGGCCUCUACGCGCUAUAUAACAACUGGGAGCACAUGAGAGGCUCCUUGCUCCAACAGUCUCUCUGAAGAUUACUAGCUGGUGAACGGAGGACACUUUAGUAGUCAUCCAGAUCAAUUUAUGUCAGUCUGGAGUCAUUUACUCUUUUACCUGCAACUAGUUUGAAAAAGGAGAUUUCCAGUUUGCUGUGAUGAAGAUCAUGGAUGGUUGACCAGGACUGGCACUCCUUCCAGCCAUUAAUGAGUUGAAGCCAAAACCCUUUGGUGGCUGAGUAAUGUGGCUCUCUUCUCCUUUAAAGAAGAUCUUGCACCUGUUUUUUCUCCUACCCCCUGAACUGGAAAACCACUUACUCCCAGAAUUCAGGUCAUGCUUGUCAAUGCUGUAUCACCACAUUUAUUCAUUUAAUAAUCCAAGACUGUAAUACUGCCCUGUAUUCCCAAUAAAGGGUAAAAACAGAACCAAA